CAGACGCCUUCACCACGAUGAUGACGAUGGUUCGGGUCUCUGCUUCGUCCCGGCUUGCUCUGCCGAUGAUGAUCGCGAUGCUGCAGCUGCUGCUUCUGCAGUCACCGUCAGCAGUGGCCGUGAAGCCCGGCUCCUGCCCUACGCUGCCCCCUGACACCAUGGGAACGUGCGACGAGGCGUGCACGGACGACGACAGCUGCCCUGGGGAGCAGAAGUGCUGCAGCAACGGCUGUGGCCACAGCUGCGUGCAGCCGCAGGUCCUCAGGCCGAGUGGCUUAACGUUGCCGGUUCUCAAGCCGAUCCAAGUGGAGCCGGUGGCCGUGAAGCCCGGCUCCUGCCCUACGCCGCCCCCUGACACCGUGGGGACGUGCGACGAGGCGUGCACGGUCGACGAGAGCUGCCCCGGGGAGCAGAAGUGCUGCAGCAACGGCUGUGGCCACGGCUGCGUGCAGCCAGAGGAUCUCAUUCUGAAAGAUGCAGAGCUGUUGCCCGUGAAGCCUGGCUCCUGCCCAACGCUGCCUCCUGACACCGUGGGGACGUGCGACGAGGCGUGCACGGACGACGACAGCUGCCCUGGGGAGCAGAAGUGCUGCAGCAACGGCUGUGGCCACAGCUGCGUGGACCCGCAGGUCCUCAGGCCGAGUGGCGUGAAGUUGCCGGUUCUCAAGCCGAUCCAAGUGGAGCCGGUGGCCGUGAAGCUCGGCUCCUGCCCUACGCCGCCCCCUGACACCGUGGGGACGUGCGACGAGGCGUGCACGGUCGACGAGAGCUGCCCCGGGGAGCAGAAGUGCUGCAGCAACGGCUGUGGCCACAGCUGCGUGCAGCCAGAGGAUCUCAUUCUGAAAGAUGCAGAGCUGGUGGCCGUGAAGCCCGGCUCCUGCCCGACGCUGCCUCCUGACACCAUGGGAACGUGCGACGAGGCGUGCACGGACGACGACAGCUGCCCUGGGGAGCAGAAGUGCUGCAGCAACGGCUGUGGCCACAGCUGCGUGCAGCCGCAGGUCCUCGGGCCGAGCGGCUUAACGUUGCCGGUUCUCAAGCCGAUCCAAGUGGAGCUGGGCAGAGUGAAGCCAGAGGUGAGACCCGGGUGCUGUCGAGAACCGGACCCCUUCCACAUCCAAUACUGCAUAUGGAAGAACGACCGCUGCCGCGGUGACGGCGAAUGCCCCGGCGUCCAGAAGUGCUGCCCGCACUCGUGUGGGAAUCGCUGUGAAGACGUGAAGCCAGGGAAACCCAAGCCCGGCGAGUGUCCGUUUGUGUACACCAGCCUCAUCCGCUGCGCAUUCAGACCCCCGCAGUGCAGCGAGGACUGGCAGUGCCCCGGGGAGCAAAAGUGCUGCAACAGGGGCUGCGUGACGGCCUGCAGAAAGCCCGUCAAAAACAAGAACGGAUUUUGUCCGUAUAUCGACACCAUCAGGCGCAUCAAAUGCGUGGUCCGCCCAGACCUCAACCAAUGCCAGCAGGACUGGCAGUGCCCGGACAAUGAGAAGUGCUGCAACACGGGCUGCGAGCUGAUCUGCAUCAAACCAGUGAAGGCUGGGUCGUGCCCGGUCUGGAACUUCUCGGCCAUCGUCUGCAUCCGCUAUAACGACGGCUGCAGGAGUGACGACGACUGCCCUGGCAAGCAGAAGUGCUGCAGCGUCCCGUGUGGGGUUGGCUGCGUUGCUCCAGAUCUGGCUCAGAGGGGGUUGGACAACCUGACGGAUGGUGCCUCGCCACAGUCUCCAGCGAGUGAUAGACCAGAUCGGGAAGGAGGUGGAGUCUGAUGCAAAGGAGGAGUAGAGUCCACGCCGAGCAGCUCCACGUGGUUUUUGUUGUUCUUGUUCACGCUGCAGAGCGUCUAUCGUCUGGUUUCUGGGGCUUCACGAUGACGCGACCGAGCUCGCUCGUGCCGGCUGUCUGGAUGCAGCCGCUCGCGAUGGCAAUCCAACAGCUCCCAUUGGCUGUCCAAUAAAAGUGCUUUGUGCUGAAUGCUG